AUUACAUCAGAAAUACACGUUGCAAACUGUCAUUCGUUUAUACGAAAAUUACGAUUGUUUUAACACAUCAUCAAACGCAAGAUUAGAAGAUGUACAUUACACGUGUCGCGUGCUGUGGUGCUAAAAAUUUAAAUAUAUUAUUAUAAAAGUAAUAUAUAACUAAACAAUUAUUGUAACCUGUUCAAUUCUUAACGCACAAGAUGAAGGCUUUACUAUUAUUUCUGGGUCUGUUUUGUAUAAAUGUAAUAGUGGAGCCCCAAGAGGUUGAUCUAAAGCAUUUGAAAUGUUUAGUUUGUAGAGCAGCUAUGAAUGAAUUGGAGACUGUUGUUCUCAAUGCUAAUCCAAAUAAAUUAGUUGACGUAGGUAAUUUUAGAAUGGAUGCUGAUGGAAAUACUAUACGUAAAAAGGUGCCGUUAGGUAGAUCGGAAAUACAUAUUUCGAUUUUGCUGGACAAUAUCUGUGAAAAACUGUCAGAUUACGUGAGGGCAACGAGAAAGUCCGAUAAUCAGUUAAUAAUCUUUAAUCUUAUGUCUCCAUCUGGUGGUAUGAAUCCUAUUAUGAGCGAAGUAGACAUAAUUCAAGAUGGUGAUUUAAAUAAGAGCCUCGAGCAUUAUUGCAGCGCUAUAGUGAACGAAUUUGAAGACGAUAUUGUAUCAUUAUAUGUUGACGGCAUAUACAAUAAGAAAAAAGAACUGUGCACAAAGAUCUCAAAUAUUUGCAAUGAAAAUUAUGUCGACGAGGAAGAUGACGAUUAUAGUGAUAAUGAAAUUGAUAACGAUAAUUAUGAUUCAGACUUUGACAUGGACAGAGAUGAAUUAUAAAUGCAUUUGAAAUAAUUUUUGCAGAAAUAUUAUUUAUAUGCAGAGAA